AUGGCAGAGGAGAACAACCUCGAGGCGACGGCAGCGACGGCCCAGACGCCAGCUCCUGAUGCCGUCGAGCCAACAACAGAGAUCGACGAGUCGCUCCUCCCCUUCGAGAUCAACCUCUACCUCCCCAAACGCCCUCUCAUCCCCUCGGCCGCCGCUUCCGCAAGCGGUCUUCCUGAAACUCCGUCUCCCCUCAAGGUCGCCGUCACACCGCAAGAGACGCUCAACGACCUCCGCAUCACCAUCACAGACAGUCCCGAAGGCUACUGGCUCGGUGCGUUCUGCUUCCGUAAGCCUAUCGCCUCUGCUGCUUCUGCCGUCAAGGGUGCCAAGGUGCAGCUCGGCGAACGUGUUCCAGAGUGGACAGAGCUUCGUGAGAUCUUCGACGGCAUCCCCGUCGACAAGCGAGAGCUUCACGUCACUCACGUCGCCUUCAACGAGGCCGACGCCCGCGCACACGUUCAGCGUCUCCGUGAUCUCCUCAGCGGCGGCGCAGCCGAUCCUAGUGCCAUUGGCGUCGAUGCUGCCAUCAGCGUUCAGGAUGCCGUCAGAAACCCGCAAGAGUGGCGGCUCGACUCGGCCCGUCAGAACGCAAACGGCCGCGCUGCUGGCAAAAACGGUACCACGCAAGAGGAGUCCGAGUCGCAGCUUCCUCUUGUCGACUGGGCUGGCUGGCCUGCCGUCACCGCCAUCGACCUCAUCCCUUCCGUAGCCCGUCGUCCUCGCCAGCUGCCCGUCUGCCUCCGUCAGCUCUCCCUCGCUUCCUGGAACCCUCCGCCGCAGCACUACAAGCUCAACGGCCACCUCCUCUAUCUCCAAGUAGGCACUCUUGAAGGUGAGGUCAUCUUCAUCACUGCAUCCACCCACGGUUUCUACGUCAACCGCUCAUCGGGUGCUCGUUUCGACCCCUCCCCCCGCCCCGCCGGCCAAGACUUCGCCUCGUGCUCCCUCUUUGACCUGCUCUGCGGCUUCUCUCCGCUCUUCCUCUCCGCCUUUGCAAAGCUUUUCAACGACCCGCUCUCGUCCCGAGACUACUUUUCCGCUGUUCCCGUCACCAACACCUUGCCUGCCUUCCCUUGGCUUGCCCGCAACCACACUCACACCGCAGACCCGCUUCGUUCCCAGGCCGCCUUCCUCCUCACAGGCGCCACCUCGGCCGACACUCUGGAAGGCACCAGGGACUGGAACGACGAGCUGCAGUCCGCCCGAGAGCUGCCCCGUACCACGCUGCCGGAGCGACUUAUGCGCGACCGUGUGCUCAACCGCAUCUACUCUGAAUUCACCCAGGCCGCGGCUCGCGCCAUCCCAAAGGUCGCUGCCGGCGAGGUUCAGGCUAUGAACCCAAUGGACAAGCGUGAUGCACAGAUGUUCAUCGUCAACAACCUCUUCAUCUCCAAAGGCGCCGACGGUGUCGACCUCUACCCUCACAUGGGCGGCGACGAGGCCGCGCACGUUGCCGUCGGUAAGGACAUCCAGGGCGUCAAGACACUUAACAGCCUCGACGUCGGUGGCCUGUGCCUGCUUGGCACCAUCGUUGUCGACUGGAAGGGGGAGCGAUGGGUCGCCCAGAGCGUUGUUCCUGGCCUCUUCCGCCGACGAGAUGACACCGAAGACCAGCCAGAGGCUGUGCAGCAGGCUGAAGAUGCUGAAGAGACCGCGGUUGCCAAGAAGACCACCGAUAACAAGGAUGGAAAGCCGGGCAAGGGCGACCUCAACGACGACACUCAAGUCGUCUACGGCGGUGUCGAGGGUCCAGAAGUGAUCCGCGACAACGCCGCAUUCCACAAACUUUUCCACCAGGUUGCUCAAACCCUUCAUCUCAACGAGCACGAUGUCGAGGAUGCCAACGGCAAACAGCACCCGCUCUGGCUCAGCGUCGACUCCAAGGGUCUCCGCGGUGCCGAUGGUCGCCGAUACGUGCUCGACCUUGCACGACUCAAUCCCGUCGAUGUCAACUGGCUCGAGAACGACAUUGCUGGUCAGGUCCACGGUAGCGCCUCCUCUUCGAGCCAGGAGGCACGUUACCCACACCGCAUGACGCUGCUCCGACCUGAGCUGCUCGAGAUCUACUGGGACAGCGAGUUCCGCAAGUGGGCUCGUGCCCAACUCGCAGCUCGCCAGGAGGCCAAGGCUGCCAAGGAUGCCGAAGCCAAGGAGGCUGCCUCCAGCCAAGAAGAGACCGACAAGGUCGAGGCUGAGCAAGAGCAAGAGCCCGAACGUCUCGACUCGUCCGAGUUCAAGCUGACCUUUAACCCUGACGCCUUUGUCGAGUUCAAGGUGGCAGACGCCUCGGUCGAGGAUGGCUCCAAGGUCAUCACUCCCAUCACGGACGAGUCGGACGCCAGCGUUGCAGCCGUUCGACAGGCUUCCGACUUUUUGCGCAAGGUUGCUAUUCCUCGCUUCGUUACUGACGUCGCUGCCGGUCUCUUCACCGCUGCCGACGGUGCUGCACUGAGCCGACAGAUGCACGCGCGCGGUAUCAACGUCCGUUACCUCGGCUACGUCGCGCGCCUCUGCACGCCAGAAGCCAAGCAGGAGCUCGACCAGGACCUCAUCAACAAGGCCGGUCCUGGCCACGAGGGUUUCCUCAACGCUUUCAGGCUCACGGUGCUGCAGGAGAUGGUGCUGCGAGCCAGCAAGCGCAUCUUGCGUGGUCUCAUCCGCGACGUCGAGCAGGUCAACGUCGCUGCGUGCGUCUCACACUUCCUCAACUGCCUCGUCGGCGACAAGGUCAACGCCGCCCCCGAGGCCCGGCCUACUUCAUCGCCGCUUUCCGAUGCAACAGACGCAGAAUGGACCAAGCUCACUCCCGAAUCGCUUAAAGACGAGAUCAAAGCCGAGAUCCGCAAGCGCUUCCGCUUUGAGCUGCCCGCCUCCUUCUUUGACCAAGAGCUGCGACGCGCUCAACUGCUUCGAGAGGUGGCGCUGCGCACAGGUAUCCAGCUCAAGCUGCAGGACUAUGUUCUGGAGGGCAAGCUGGCCGAGGCGGAUGGCAGUGUGUCGGAUGACUCGCACGGUGAGUCGCAGAUCAACGGUCACUCGGCCGGCGGCAAGAAGAGCAAGGGCAAGAAGAAGGGCGGAAGCGACCAGCAGAACGGCACCAAGAAGGCCAAUGGCGCUUCCGCCGCUGUUGGUGCAGACAAGAAGCCCGCCAAGGUGGUGCGAACCACGAGCUUCGAGCCUGAAGACGUGCUCAAUCUGGUGCCUGUGGUCAAGGACUCGACACCCAAGAGCACGCUGGCCGAAGAGGCCUUCGAAGCCGGCAGGAUCUCGAUCAGCCGCGGAGACCGCGAUCUGGGACUGGAACUACUGCUCGAAGGCGUCAGCUUCCACGAGCAGGUGUACGGUCUUGUUCACCCGGAAGUGGCACGAUGCUACGCGCUGUUUGCGACCAUCGUGCACCACCUUGCCGGUCUUGUAGCCAUGGAGCGCGCCGAGCUGAUCAACCAGGCCAAGUCGGAGAACAAGGAAAUCAGUGAGGCGGACCUGCCGCCGGUCAACGAGCACGUGAGCAUGGCCAACGCUGUGCGAUACCAGAGGCAGGCGGUGACCGUGUCGGAGCGCACGCUCGGUUUGGACCAUCCGGAGACGCUCAACCAGUACAUGAACCUGGCAGUGUUGGAGCGAUCGGCGGGCAACACGCGCGAGUCGCUGCUGUGCCAGCGUAGGGUGCUCGAGUUGUGGAGCCUGCUGUACGGCAAGGAGCACCCGGACUGCAUCAAUGCGCUUUCCAACGUCGCCCUCACGCUGCAGAAUGCUCGACUGUUCGAGCCGAGUCUCCGCGUCUACCGAUCUGCGCACGAGCUGGCUUUGUCGCUGUUUGGCGCGGACAGCAUCCACACGGCCAACCUGGCGCACGAGCUGAGUCAGGCGUACACGCUCGCUGGCGAUCUCAAGACGGCGCUGACGGUGGAGAAGGAGGCGUGGCGCGUGUUCGAAGAGCGUCUGGGCAAGGAGGAUGCGCAGACCAAGGAGAGCGAAGCGUUCUGUUCGAGCCUGGCCGCUUCUGCGGUGCGUAUGGCCAAGUUGGAGAAGGAAGCGAGCGCUCGCCAGGCGCGUGAGGGUGCAUUGGGUCUCGCUUCGGCUCGUCGAGGCAAUGGAGUCAUUGCCACUGCUGCUCCUGGCGCCAUCGCGGGCACUGCUUCUACUGCAAGCGCCAAUGCGAACGCGAACAAGUCGCUCGACGAGAUGGUCCGCUUCAUCCAGGGCGGUAACGGGACGCCUGCCAAGCCCAAGGGUAAGAGCAAGGCCGGUCGCAAGUAA